CAAUGUCGACGCCACAGUGGAAGAAAGUCGCUUGCCGCAGUUGUACAGCAUCAGAACGAGGAUGGCCAUGUGGCAUGAUGUGGGAGGGUUCGAUCGAUAUAUCAAGGAUGAGGCUGGCUGUGGUGACAGUCGCAUGUGAAAUACUUGAAGCCUAUGUUUUGUUGCUGAGGUGACACAAACAAAAUGGACAAGGCUACCAUCAUCGGCGACAAGCGUGUCCUCGACCUGGCCUGGAGCUGGGUGAAGCUCCACCCCUGGACGGCCAUCCUAGCCCUGCUGGUCACUCAGCUCGUCUUGACCAGAAACCGCCGCGGCCUACGAGACGUCCCCGGUCCCUUUCUGGCCAGCUUCUCCAACUUGUGGAAGCUGCGGGCAGUAUGGAAGCAGAACAUGCAUCGGGAAAACGUGCGCGUGCACGAGGACUACGGCCCCAUCGUGCGCAUCGGGCCCAACCACGUCUCGGUCGCGGAUCCUGAGAGCAUGCAGACAAUAUACAGCGUCAAGAACGUCUAUCCAAAGAGUGCAUUUUACCCGCUGGCCGAGGCCGUCUACAGGGGCAAGUUCCUGCCCACGCUCUUCACCACGCAGAGCAAUGAGUACCACGCCAGGCUCAGGCGUGGCUCUGCGCGAGCCUUCUCCAUGGACGUCGUGGUCGGUCUCGAGGAGUACUGCAACAAGUGCAUCUCGGUGCUGCUGCAGCGUCUGCGCGACGUGUCGGACGGCGGCAAGAAGCCCAUCGACCCCGUCGCCUGGAUGCAGUACUUUGCCUUUGACGUGCUCGGCGAGAUCAACUUCUCCAAGGACCUCGGCUUCCUCGAGGCCGGCAGCGACAAGGACGGUGUCAUUGGUGCCAUUGGCGGAAUCCUGGUCUACGUCUCUCUGAUUGGCCAAAUCCCCUACCUGCACAAGUUCCUCCUGGGUAACCCGCUGCUGGCCAAGCUGCCCGGCAUCGAAAAGUCCAACCAAGUGCUGCAGUUCUCGCUGCGGCAGAUCGAGGAACGGCUGCGCAACCCGGUGCAGCGCAAGGACAUCCUGAGCCAGCUGCUUGACACGCACCGCAACGACCCGGCGGCGCUGACCAUGGACGAGAUCAUCGCCAUCACGACGACGAAUGUCAUCGCGGGUUCCGACACGACGGCCGUGUCGCUGGCGUCGGUGCUGUACCACCUGGGCAAGUACCCGGAAGCGCGGCGCAAGCUGGAGGAGGAGAUCGAGCGGGCCGAGCGCGAGGGGCUCGCGUCCAACCCGAUCACGUACGCCGAGGCGGUCAAGCUGCCGUACCUGUCGGCCGUCAUCCACGAGGCCAUGCGCAUCCACCCAGCCACCGGCUUCAUCCUGGAGCGGCUGGUGCCCGAGGGCGGCGUGACGCUGCACGGCGUGCACCUGCCCGAGGGCACCGUCGUGGGCGUCAACGCGUGGGUGCUGCACCGCAACAAGGACGUGUUUGGCGAGGAUGUGCACUCGUUCCGGCCCGAGCGGUGGAUUGAAGGGGACGAGGCUAGGAUCAAGGAGAUGAAGCGGUGUCUAUUCUCGUUUGGCUACGGCCCCCGCAGCUGUGUCGGCAAGAACAUCUCCAUCCUCGAGAUGUGGAAGGUUGUGUUUGAGCUGUACCGCAACUUUGACAUCACUCUGGCCAGCGACAAGGAGUGGACCAUCAACGGAUCGUGGUUCACUCCGCAGAGAGGCAUCGAGGCGAUUUUCAAGCCUAGGACUUGAAUGGCCGUCCCACGAAGCCAACUCCGGAAGCAGACCGGUAGGUAGCUUUAGGGAAGAUCCUGGCUCAACUUAGUGCAGGACCGUGGAAACGGAGAACUCUUUGUAGUUCAAAACUUAGUUGAAGUUCGAUGUACACGCUUGAAGACAAGAUGCAGUCGACCAAAUCGCUUUCC